CAACAAACACAUUACACACAUCAUCAUAUUACAUUACAUUCCUCUCUCUAUAUAUGUCCCAUUCCUCUUCUCCUUCACUAAUAUCUUGUAGUAUUUCUUUGCUUAGUUUAGUGUUUUGCUUGUUCGCAAAUUUAUUAACGACUCUUUUACUCACUCACUGCACCUUCAGUUUGAACAUUUCUUUUGUAUCGAAAAAGUUACCAAAGAGUCAAGUAUGAUGGCAAAUUCUGAUGAGUUCUUAACUUUAGAUCUCAUACGCCAACACCUUUUUGAGGACUUCACUUGUGCCGACUACAACUUCGACAAUUUCGACGUUUACUUCUCCGACGCCUCCCCUUCCUCGUCUUCUUCGAACCCGAACCGGCCCGGUUCGGAUUUCCGAUCCGAUUUCUUUGAAGUCGAACCGAAACCCGAAAUUUGUCCUCCAACGAAACCCCACCCGGACAGAAUUUCCGGGCAGGGUAGGCGUUACCGGGGGGUGAGGAGGAGGCCGUGGGGGAAGUACGCGGCCGAGAUUCGGGACCCGGCCCGGAAAUCGAGCCGGGUGUGGCUCGGGACGUACGAGACGGCGGUGGACGCGGCGCGGGCGUAUGACUGCGCGGCGUUCAAGAUAAGGGGGAGCAAGGCAAUCUUGAACUUCCCCAUGGACGCCGGGAAAAUGGGGCCGCCGGCCUCGGCCGGAAGGAAGAGGAGGAGAGAGAAGCGUGGAGACGGCGGUGGCAAUCGGGCUUCUUGAUUGACAUUUAAAUCGAUGCUAUGAAAAGUCAAGGAAGUGAUUGUGUUGAACAAGAGACCUGUGAUUGAGAUCGAUGUUGAAAUCCAGGGAACUUACUUUUCAAUGGGAGAGAAUAUGAGUGGUGGUUAAUUAGUGAGAAGAGAUUAGUAUAGUAGGUACUUAGUAUAAUAAAAAUGUCAAGAUAUGCACACAUUAUACUAUAUUAGGUAAGAAGUAUUGUUGAAAGUUUUUUGUUUUUA